UUGUCAGAUGUUAUUGGUAGGCAGUAUAUAUUUGUAUAUUACAAAAUUCAAAAAAUACAAAACACAAAAUGUUUCGUUCUUUUUCCGUACUAAUGUUCAACACCUCCGAAACCGAAGCAAACCUCUUUGGCAUGGCCGACGAUGUGUACAACACUAUCGAAAUAUUCAAGGAGGCGGCCAGAUUCGAGGCUAAGAUCGCUAGACCUUUUAAAAUGGUGUCCAACAUUAUAGACUGUUUGGUGUUCAUGGCUGUGGCUCUAAUCGUCGUGGCUUUUAUCAUGCACGAUCGUAUUGUGGUCUUCAGAAAAUUGGCCAAAAUCAGUCGCCAGAGAAGCCAAAAGGUUGCGGUGAAAGAAAAGAAGAUUCCAACCCCAAGAAAAGUAUCCAGUACUUCCCAUCCUAAAAGUUGUAAUGAAAAUGAUGAGGAACCAGCAGAAGAUGACGGAAACAGCAUCAGAACAGGAGUAGAUGACGAGGACGCCAUCACCCUACAACCCAGUGACCAUGGAGAAAUUAGGGAAAACACCAUGGUCGGAACUCCUAAAUGGGCCUUCAACUGGCUGUCCACAUUAAGAAAUAAAGAUUUUGGAUCGAUUUACGAUGGCUGGUUCCGGUAGCUUACAAAUACACCUUAUACAUUGUAAAGUUGUCCGGUAGUUCGAUCGGUGUGAUUGCUUACGGAUCUUUGCGGUGAACGAUUUGAAUUAGUUAUUGAGCGCUUUCAAUAACCACAAAUUGCCUUAUUACCCUAUAGAAAUAUGAACAUGCACUUAGUACGUGAACAUGACUCAUGAAAUUAAGAAUUUAAUAAAGAAGCAUUUUCAUAAAAAUUGA